CUUGUUUCUUCAAACUUGGCGCUCUCUUGUUGUGGCAAAUACAAGUGGGGAUGGACGGACGGCCAAUUUCUGACCUCAAAGUUGCUGAGCUCCGCAGAGAGCUAGAAAAGCGCAAUAAAGAUAAGACGGGUGUAAAGCAAGUGUUGCUUGAUCGCCUGAAAGAGACUCUAGAAAAAGAUGGCCAUGAUCCACAAACCUAUCGUUUCAAGAAUGAUGAUGUGCACGUAAAGCUUGAACGGGAAACCUCUGAUCACUGGUCCUUAAAUGGUGACGCACACGAGCAUGGUAAGCUCAAUUUCUAUAAUGCAUAUCUUGUUACUAUGUUAGCUUAUUUUCACUUGUAUGCUUAAUCAUAAGCCUGAAUAUACUCAUCAGUUUAAGAUAUUUGAUAUUUUCCUAAUGACACUGAGUGUUAAGUUGCUGCCUGGGAUUUCGAAUCUUGUUGAAUGAGAAAACGGACAGAUGGUCGGUGACAUGUUAUGCUUAACGUGACAAUGUGCAUAUCAAUUGCAGUCUCAGUAGCUUGGAGUACUGAGUUUUCUUAUAGUGUCGAAUGCUGCUGCUCAAUGUACGUCAAAUUCUAGUGUGUUAAGUUAUAAACACCCAAGAAACCGCUCUAAUGUGCUACAUUUCCAAAAUAAGAUGACUAUGGAGGUUGUUUUUAAAGCCCCAGUUCUCAGCCUCAUGAUUAAAACGAACUGCUUCGGGUGAACUUUAACAAGUCGUUCAAAAGGUGUAACAGCUGCUAUUCAUGAAGUCCUAUUCAAUUAACUCACCGUCAUGUAUAUGAAUGUGUAUUUAGGAAACACUAAUUUAAGGCACUACGUGUCCGCAAUUCAAUCCCUACAGAGUGGAAUAAACAUACGGGUAUCACUUCAGGUGCGGAUAUAGCAGCCUUGAUGGAAAGCGAACUGAUGUGUUGAUAAGGUGUAUUUUCAUCAAUGUACACUGGAGCGCUCAAAACAUCUGGUUCUGCAGCACUGAGGUUGUAUUUGAACUUAUUAAGCCGAACGUUUAAUCCAUCAUUGACCACUUCAUUUACUAUGGCUGGGAAAUUAACUGCCAGUAACUGGCCUGAUUAAAAAGAAUUACUUCGAAGUUAUGUCAUUGAAACUGCUAAUGAUAAUUCCUGACUUUCUGCUCUUAUUCUGUUGAAAGAAAAAGUACCUUCUAUCAAAGGACGUGAUCCGUCAAAUGAUUUGUUGAGUGAUGAAUUUAUGAUCAGUGGCCAGUGUGUGCAGAAAAAAAUAACUGAAGAGUCCGUCCCAUACGUUGUUCAAGUUGGCGAGCAGGAAGAAGAUUUAGAUUACGACCUACAAAGUGAAAGCAAUGGCAUGUGUGAGAAUAUAAAUUCCUGCAAGAAUGUUCAAAGCACUACUGGAGAGUCUUGUAAACUUGAAGAAAAACCAGAAAGUGCCAUUGUCACUCAGCAGACUAGUGGUGCCUCCCAGUUAAAUAAGUCAUUUGUCGUGCAAGAAAAUCGUAAGAACUUGUGGAUAAGUAACUUGCCAACAUCAGUGAAGGCUGCAGAUCUAAAAAAACACUUUAGCAAAACAGGGAAGGUGAUAUCAGCAACCGUGGUUGUGAGUACCCGUACUCCCGGCAGCUGUUUUGGAUUUGUACAAAUGGCUUCUGCACAGGACGCUGCCGCUACUGCUUUAGUUUAUGAUCUAACCGAAUUCGGGGGUUGCAUUCUGAGGGUUGAAUUAACGGAGCGCAAAGCACCAACUACAUCAAGCAAGUCGAAUGGUAGAGCAUCUGUGUUGAACAAAGUAAAAACUACGAAUAUACCCAGUCCCCAGCAAAUAACAUCCAGAUCCCUGGUUUCUAGGAGACUUUAUAUUGCAAAUAGAAGAGCCCAACUUCGUCGUAUCGCGAUCAGAAACGCAAUGCUUAGAGAACAACGUAGGAAAUCAGAGAUCUUAUCCACCCAAAUACCACCUUACUCUUCCGAGAGUAAUCCAAACUCAAGGUCUGCGCGCCAGCUGACUACGCCAAAAUACGGGAUGUCAAAGGAUAAUUUGCGUUCUCGAGGUCGUUUGCUACAUACCUCGUGUUAUCAAGGUACGCCACGAAGACAGACAUCUACGCGAACCAGUGGCAAUCAUGGUGCACAACCGUUUUCACAUAGAAGACAGGAUUAUACUAGUCGCAGAGUAACUGAGUCAUAUCAGAUUCGCAGAAGACCCACUCUUACUCGACAGUCAUCAAAAUCAUUUUUGGCAAAUGCCCGCAUAAACUCAAAUGCCUAUUCAGAAUAUGACCGAGGUCAUUCUUCCUUGUCCUCUUAUUUAUCCAACAUGGAUCCACCUACUACCAGGAAGCAUGUUGCAGCGUUCCAUAAUGAACGUCCUGUGGAGAAAGAUAUUCGCGAGAUACAUCGUCCUGAUCUCUAUCAACGCAGGCAUCAUCAUCCUCAGUCGCCUGCUCGAUCCUAUGAAUCUAGUCGACUCGUGCGAGAGACUCAAGAACCAUCAUAUGCAGGAAGAAAUUCAUUUAAGUCAGCAUAUGAUGACAGAUCUCAACAAAAUGAAUCAACACAUCGUCCUGAACCCUAUCAUAGUCACCGUAAUGAUUUCGGCGAUCGUAAAUUAUCCGUGGUUUCUCACCCCGAUGCGUAUUCUUCCCAACGUUACCGCACUGAAAGAAACCACUUUUCGGAAAUGCGACAUGACCACUUAAGAUCAAACCUGUUCGCUCGAACAAGGCUGGAAGAAAGUCGGCGAGAAUGCCGUGCAGUUAGUAGGAGCCCGCCGCGUUCAAGAGACCCUACAAUGAUGCGACCAUAUCCAGUAUCUGCCAGUUUAAGUCGACAUCACAUAGAAAUUAGUCGUCGUAGCCGCAGUCCAUCGAAUUCACAAUCUCUACCCCACCGACCUGAAAUCGUGGAAUACGGACAUCGUUCAGAACCGAAGAUAAACUGGCAGGGAGAACAACAAAUACGGGUGCAUAAAUGUAGUGAAAACAUUGAUGACUUUAAUGCUAAAUAUUCAACAAAUGAGGAAAAUAAUGAGCUAUCACGAUAA